AUGGCUAUAUAUGAACACAGGACAAAUGAAGAAAAAGGCAAACAGAUCAUGAAAAAGAUAACAGCAAAUUGGAGAUAUAGUGCAAACUAUGAUAGCAAAGGGAAGGGGAGAAUAUGGGUGAUGUGGGAUCCAAACAAUAUCCAAUUCAUUGAAAUGUGGAAAAGCAAUCAACUGAUUCAUGGGAAGUUGAAGAUAGGAAAGGACUAUGGCAGGAAUUGGAAGGGAUCAAAAACUGAAAUUGAUGAAGCAUGGAUAGCAAUGGGGGAUUACAAUGCAGUGAAGGGAGUGGAGGACAGGAAGAGUGAAAAUCCAGUACAGGAAGUAGAAAUAAGGGAUUUUAGGGACUUCAUGUUAAACAAUGGCAUGAAUGAACUAAAAUAUAUAGGCAGGAACUUCACAUGGACAAAUAACCAUGUGUGGAGUAAAAUAGAUAGAGCCAUAGUUAAUGCUGAAUGGAUGACAACAAUGAACCAAAUGGAAGUGGUGGUGAUGGAACCAUUCAUAUCUGAUCACACUCCUCUUUGUUUACAAUUUGAGGAAAUAAAUGCAGAAGGUCCAAAACCAUACAGAUUUUACAACUAUGUUGCUGAGCAUCCAGACUUUCUACAAGUGGUUGACAAAGCAUGGAGUACAGUUACUAGAGGGGAAGGAAUGGAAAGAAUAUGGCAGAAACUUAAAGCAGUGAACAUAGAGCUGAAGAAGAUGCAUACAGAGGAAUUCAAAAAAGUCAGAGAAACAGUCCGAACAAUUAGGAAACAACUGCAGGAAACACAAGAGAAGAUGCAAGACCCAAAUCAUCCAACUGACCUGUUUGAUACUGAGAAAGAAUUAAGAAGAAAGCUAGAGAAAUGGGUACUGAUUGAGGAGAGCAUUUUGAGACAAAAGUCAAGAACAAAAUGGUUGAAACUUGGGGAUUCUAACAGUGCUUAUUUCUAUGCUUGUAUGAAGAGUAGGACUUCUACAAACCACAUUAAAAUCCUAAUGACUCAAGAUGGGAAGCUGCUGCAGAAUGACAAAGAGGUGGAGGAGGAAGUGGUGGGAUUCUACAAAAAAUUGCUUGGAAAUGCUGAUGAACAAAUCUAA